AUGAAGUUCGCAACAACAAUCGUUGUAGCGUUGAUAUCACUGUUAGUCUCCUACUCCGGUGCCGGCGAUGUGGAAGGCAUACCAGCGAUAGCGGAAAACGCCGUCGGCGCUACAGCAUCGAUAAAUGAAAGUUCGAAUGAAGCUUCAGAUGUAGAAGAAGACCCGGAAGAAGAAGAAAAUGAAGAGGUAGUAGAGGAUGAAGAUGAAUCGGACGAUGCGGAGGAGGAAGAGGAUGAGGCCGAGGAUAGCCCGGAAGUCGCAAGGCGCAAACGCAUAGCAGGGACGCUGGAAUUCUGCUUGAAGGAUGGUGAUAUGACGCCAGUCGAGCUGAUAAACUGCGCUAGUGAUAUUUUGCUUAGUGGAAAUAUGAGCCCGCCUCCAGCGUUCAGUAAGUGUGUAGGAGAAUACGUCAUCUGCACCGGCGUCAAGUGUGCCUCGGAAUUGUCAAAAACUGAGUACCGCGGCAAGCAUUACUCUAAAGUGUACGAGUGUGUCGGAGCAUGUAUCCCGCAACUCAUAAGAUGUCUCUCAAGGAAACCGGACCCCGGCCCGGAUGCGCUGGUAGAGUUGCUCGACAAGCCAACCGCCAAUAAAGACCUCAUAUUGACAAUAAUUGAAUGCUUGGAAGGUCCUCCGGGGAAGAUUACGAUAGUCGCGUUCGUCAGAUGCGUCAACAACAGGUUACACAUACAUCAUAGAACGAGGCUUGACUCCAUCGGAUUCAUCCUGGGCAACUUCCUGACCAAGGCGAUGUUUAAGUUCUCUCUCAUGGAAGAAGAAGACAUAAUCGAACGAACGGCUGCGUUCGGCGAUUGUUUUCCCAUGUUGCUGCGCAACCUGGUCAGUAUGCACGAAUUCAGCUUCUCUUGCAAGAAGCGAGUUUUCAUCGAAGGUUACGAUGACCCCGACGAUGACGAAUUCGAUGACGACGAAGAUGAAUGA